AUUUUACUGUCAGUGACACAAUAAAACACUGAUGAUGUGCUGAGUGUCCGACAGAUGGCGUCCGAUCUCUUCUGAUGACGUCUCAUCUUCCGCGCAUGCGCAGCGCGAGUCCGCUCAAACAACAGAAGUCAACACAAACACGGAGAUCAUGUCAGAUCAGUCGAGUGGAGGACGAGUGAGUGAACUCGAGGAGGAGAGAGAGAGUGACAGUGAGGAGCUGAGACUCGUUCUGAUUGGUCGAACAGGUUCAGGGAAGAGUGCCACAGGAAACACCAUUCUGGGACGUCGUCACUUCCUGUCUGCUCUGAGCGCGAGUUCAGUGACCCGUGUGUGUGAGCAGAGCAGUGAGGAGUGUGAAGGAUGCAGGUGGAAGAAAGUGCUGGUGGUGGAUAUGCCGGGAUUCGGCGACACUCGGCUUGACGCCAGUCACGUUCACUCUGAGAUCGCUAAAUGCGUCGCUCUGACCGCUCCCGGUCCGCACGCGUUCCUGCUUGUGAUCCCUCUGGGCCGCUACACGGAGGACGAGGACCGGGCUGUGCAGGAGAUGGUCCGUGUGUUCGGGGAGGAAGCUCUUCUCCGCCACACUGUGGUGCUGUUCACACGAGGAGAUGAGCUGGAGGAUGGAGGGAUGGAGCGGUACCUGAGCGAGUCUCCAGAACGGCUGAAGAUUCUGCUGAAAAGAUGCGGAGGACGAUAUCACGUCAUCAACAACAGACAACCAGAGAACAGAACGCAGGUGAGAGGUUUACUGCAGAUGGUGGAGAAGAUGCUGGAGGACGGAGGAAACAUCUGCUACAGCAGCGAUAUGUUCCUGCAGGCUGAGCGGGCCAUCCGGGACGAACAGGAGCGACGGAUGAGCGAAGGUGAGAGCUCGAUGCAGGAGCGGGCCGAACACUGGAGGCUGCGGAGGAUCAGCAGACGUCAGGCCCUGCGCUCCACUCUGAGCCGCUUCAGAACAGAAGCCGCGCUCUCGGGGAAAGUUCUUGAGCGUGUUAAAGUGCUGGUGGCCGCCGGAGCUACUGGAAUGGCAGUGGGGGCCGUGUUGGGAGCCGCGGCUCCUCUGGCUGCGGCGGCGGGGGCUUCGGUGAUGGGUGGCACCGUGGGUUUUGCAGCAGGGCAGCUGGCAGGAGUCUCGGCAGCGGGCAGCGCAGGUGUAGGCAAAGCUCUCGGAACAAUAAUUGCAGUGGCCUCUGGAAAGACGGCGGUAGCUCUGGGAGCAGCGACAGGUGGAGUGCUGGGGGGUUCGGUGGGUGCGUUGGCAGGGGCGGAGGCUGCAGGACCGCAGGAAGCAGCUUUAGAAGCGCUGCAGCAGGUGGGAGUGAUGGGUGCAGCAGUGGUGGGUGUGGCCGCAGGAGUGGGUGGGGCUGUGGGAACGGGAGCGGCAGUGGGGGCGGUGCUAGAGAUUGGAGCUGAAACUGCAGCGGGAGCGCUCGUUGCCACUAGUGCCGCAAAUGUGACCGCACCGCAAGUGGUGGGUGGCGUUGGAACGACCACACGGAUCCUGUCUGCCGCGGCUGAAAUCGGACGAGCGGCGGCUGGAGUCGUGCUGGCUGGAGGGCUCGUGAUAAAGGUGGUGAAGGAAAAAGUUCGAUCUGGAAGCGGAAAUGGCUACACAGAACGAAACUCCUAUGAGAUUUACCUGAACAAAUGAACAAUGCUAAUGGUGUGUUUGACAUCCACAUCAGUAUACUGUAUGAAAACAGCUUUUAAUAUUUAAC